CCCUUGCUUUAUAUACGCGGUUUGCUGAAUCGGGAGGAUUCUUCAAGAACGGCCAUGGCUAAGUUCCUCGCUGCUUUGAUCUUAGCUCUCAUUGCCAUUUCCAUGCUUCAGACUCUGGUCAUGGCAGCUCAUGGGCAAGGAGGCAACUUCUAUGAUAACAAGGGACGAAGCCCGUAUGGACCCGGCAGUCUCAAGAGCUACCAAUGCCCGUCGCAAUGCAAUAGGAGGUGCGGCCAGACUCAGUACAGGAAGCCAUGCAUGUUCUUCUGUCAGAAGUGCUGCAGGAAGUGCCUGUGCGUGCCCCCGGGGUAUUAUGGGAACAAAGCCGUGUGCCCUUGCUACAACAACUGGAAGACCAAGGAAGGAGGACCCAAGUGCCCUUAGGCCAUAGUUCUACGAUUUCACCCACCUCAAAUAUCCUUCCGCUUGUGUUGUGUCCCUUGCUUGUCACCCGUUAUGACAAUAGCUUACUACCACAACCACCAACAUAUUUCUUUCACAUUCUCACAUGGUUUGCUCUUUUUGCUCUCUUAAAUGUUUUGUUGUGCUCGAGGAUGUCUCCUGUUUUAGUCAACCUAAUCAUAGACUCCUCUGUUAUGUUGUCACUCCAUAAGGCUUCGCCUUCGAUGAGAGUGGCCCAGUCCUAUCACUAUUAUCUAUGAAACUGCUGAUGAUAUUUUAUA